GUUGCUCUUUUUUACAAUAUUUAAAGGAUACAUACAACAUAUGCAUAACUUCAAAUCGAAGCAACAAAGACAGCCAAGAUGAGCGAUCUAGAAGAAAUGGACAGCGACAGGUUAAAUGAGCUGGAAUCUAUACUUUAUUCAUCUAUACAUUAUAAUGAUUACAAUGAUGGCACUGCAGCAGAGUCGGUGCACCCCCAACAAGUGGAGGUGGAUAUGGAUGCGCGGUACAUGCCUCCGCCGCUGCAGCGCCAGCAGCGCAUUGUAAGCGACAAACGCGUAAUAAACAAUGGAACUGGCAAGCCGCGCUACUGGACCGACAACAAGUGCGAGACGUCGACACCUGUAACAAAUCCAGAGGAGCAGCAGCCAAGAAAAGUUGUGGCUAUGGAGCAGACCAGUUCUAACACGGAUGAAACAAAGGCCCCGGAGGCAGUGAAGCCUAAGAGCUGUCCUAAGAAGUCGGCGCCAUUGCAAAAAAAACCAAAGAUGAUGCCACAACAGCAACGUAAGAUUCCGCCAGCUGCAGUCAAGAAGCCGCAGGAUGUGUCCAAACAGGAGUUGCCUACACCCAAGUCGCCAACAACGCCAGCUGCUGCUACUAGCUCUACCGACUUUGAGCCAGAGCGCUUUGAUCAACGUCUGCUGGUGGCAAUACCAUCUAACUGGCCCAUAGCCAAGCCAAAGGUUGCAGGUGGGUUUGCCAAAGAACAGCGCAAGCUGGAGCAGCAUCAGCGCUUGGACAAAAAGCGUCAGAAAUCCAAGCGCGCCAAGCAGCAAAAGAAAAUGCCUGUGGAGAUUAUAGAUUUGAUGAACAGCGAGUCCUCGGAUACAGAUGAUGUCAUAUUGGUGCCGGCACCACCGGUUCCCAUAAUAAAUGUAGAUGCAAGCGAUGAGGAACCAGACGAGGAGCAACAAGAUCCAGACCUAAGUGAAACAGAACCAGAGUCCAGUUUCUAUGAAGAGAACGCCAUGGAUGCAGCAGAUAUAGCUCUACCACCCACUGAGCUACCCAGCACACCCACCCUAAUGCACUCACCUUGCAACUCGGUGCUGUCUAGCGAUGAUUUUAUUGUGCAAAAGGAUACCAGCCGUCUGCUGGCGGAGUGUGCCAGUGCUACAGACGAAGAUCUGCUGGUGCUCACCCAGGAUGCUAUGCGAGACGCCGCCGUAGCCGAGCAACUAGAUAAGCUGGAUAACUCAGCAACAGGCGAUAACUCCUCGGAGUAUGAGUUUGUGCCGCCCUCGCGACUGGAGGAGAUUAAGCGCAAUUAUCGUGUUGAUGAGCAGCAAUUUCGUGCACUGGAUGUUUAUGAAAGCGAAUCGGAUCUCACUGAAAGCGGCAUCUAUAGCAAGGGCAAGCCCAAGGCGACGCCUACAAUUAUACGCAGUGUAGAUUCGCCCAGCGAUAGCUCCGAUGUGGAGGAAGCUGUAGAUGCGACAGUUAAUAAAACCAAACGACUGCGCAAACGUCGCGCCUCCAGCACCAAUCAAAGUCAGUCCGAUGCGCGCACCGAAGGCGAAGAAUUGGAAACGGAUACGGAUGAGGAUGAGGCACAGGCUACUGGUGUGCCGGGCAUAGCGCGUGGCAUGGCGGUGGAACGCUGUAAGCGCAAGAUUAGGCGACUGAGUCAGCCAAGAAUGCAGAGGAGCCGCAUAAGCUUGAGCCAAUGCAGGAAAGCUCCGGACUCUGGUGAUGAGGAGGAGGACGAGGAGCAGCGUGCGCUACCCACUGCCAGGCAAAUAGCAGAGCGACUGCUGGAGCAGCAGCAACAACAACAGGAGCGCGAGAAAAAGCUGCCCAAGCUAUCAGAAAUUGUGGACAUUAUAUCAGAUGACGAGCCUAUGGUGAAAGAGGAAGAACUGCGACCACAGUUGCUAGAGGAUGUAUCGGAUACAAACUCCGUUGGCUCGGAUGCCAAUACCGAGGAUGAGGCUGAGCUGCAAUCUGUCAUGAACAGGGAACAUCUAAGUGAUGUCUUCAAGCGCAUUGACGAGCAUGCAGCAGAUGCAAAGCGUAAGCAGCAACAUCCGGAGCUGGAGCGGGAGCCGGUUAGCAGCUCUGAAAUGGAGGAACGAUCAGUGGAAAUCGUGGAUGAGGAACUAGAGCUAGCUAAGCUAACAGAGUUAGAUGAAGACAAGCAGGAUGAGGAGAUGGAACCGCAGCAUCCAGUUGAUGUACUAAUGGCGCCUACUAUGCGCGCUUUGCAGGAUCAGCCGCGUGGCGGCGAUCUAGUCGGUUGGAAUAUGGAAAUGUGUCGCUUCUACAAUGAUAGCUGGCAUGGCGAGCAUUUCAGUUUGAACAAGCUAUAUAAGGGCAUGAGUGGCCAUCGUAAUGACUGGCGUAUUAUGAAUUCGGAUCGUUAUCCAGUGGCACGCAAGCGCUCCAAUUUCAAGUGCACCAAUUGUCUAGAAAUGGGACAUGUGCGUGUCAAGUGUCCGCGUCCACGCAAGCCAAUCGUUUGCUAUACUUGCGGCAAUACUGGACAUGCUGAGCCACGUUGUCCGAAUGCCAUAUGUCUUGGUUGCGGCAGCAAGCAGGCGCUUUAUGUGCAAAAAUGCAACAAAUGCUCGUUUCACAGUCGCGUUGUCUGUCAGAUCUGCAAGAUGCGUGGACAUACCACUGAGCUAUGUCCCGACAAGUGGCGUCGCUAUCAUUCCACAACCCGCUCCAAUGUGCAGCUGGAGAGCAAUGUACAGUAUCGCACCAAACAUUGCAGCUAUUGCGCCGCACGUGGUCAUCUCUUUGAGGAGUGUCGUCAGCGCAUGGGCGAGUUUCGACAGCAAGUCUAUACAAGUCAAAUCAUAUCGCAUCAAAAGACGUAUAAAGAUCGCACUGGCAGGCUGAGCUACUUGGAAGAUACCCCAGCAUUGUUUCCAAUUGAGACACCCUUUCACUUUAAUUGGGACUCUGAGUUUGCCAGCAACAGCUGCUAUGCUAGAUUUCUAAAGGUCGUUGGCCUGGCCAAGCCACCUGAGAAGAUACGCCGCUUAAAGGCGCCGCCACAGCAAGUCUAUACCAAUGACUAUGUCCCCAAUCCACAGGCCAAAGCAGCCAGUAGCAAACAGCAGAUACAACUAAAGGAAAUAACCAGCAAUACGCAAACUAAAGCAAACGUUAGUAAGAUAAACACACAUGAACUGGACUCUGACUCCAAUUAUAGCUUCUCGGAGCACUUUGAGUUGCCCAGCUCCACAACUACAAGCAAUGAGGAGCAGCCAACAAGCAGCGCUAUGCCUGACAUGAUACCGCUCAGCACCACGCCCGAGCCAGAAGAGCAACUGCCCAGCACCAGUCAGCAACAGCAGCAGCCGCAGCGUAUACAAGGCAUAAGCAUGUGUGUAAACACCAAGCUAAAUGCCGUUCCCGAAGCCGCUUCCAACACAAGUACUGGCUUGGGAGACUUGCCCACCGAGGCGCGCAUUUUGAUGGCACGCGAUCAAACUGAAUAUUUAUUUAGUCCGGAGGGCAGAGAAUUUUUAACUGAUAGCGCCAAACAGUGUCAAGUGAGCGUGCGCAUGGAUUUCAAGGAAUACGGCUAUGUCUUGGUUAUCUAUGGAGUCAAGAAGCAACAGGAACAACUGCAGCUGCUGCUCAUGCAUCGCCAUCAGCAGGUCAAGAACAAGACCAAAGAGUUUACAAGCCAGUUGCCACCCAAGCGCGUGGAUGUGCUCAUUCGCUUCAUACGCGAUGGCAUCGCUAGCCUGCAGAAGGCGUCUCUGGGCAAGCCCCACGAUCAUUAUCAACGUAUCAAACAGCUGGAGCAGCAGAACACUAAGCACAGCUACAAGUUAGCAGCCAGCAAGCGUCGUUUGCUGAACAUGAUAUUGCUAGGACAGGCAGGACUCGGCAAUGGCACUAUGCACUUGGACAAACUGCUGCUUAUAUUAGGCAAGCUCAUCGAGGAGUAUCCGGCUGUGGAGGUCGCCACACCUGCGCUCCGACAGGAAAUUGACGACCAUUGGCGCGUCAUAUUUACCGCCUAUCCGCACGAGAAUUAUGACGAAUUGUUGUUUGACUAUGUCAUGCUAAAGAACAAGAAUCGGCUAACGCAGCUGAUGAUAGAUCCAAAACUGAUGGGCAUACAGCCGCGCAAGCCAGCAGCAGUGCUAUUGACUCCUUAUCAGCCGCAGCAGCAGCAGCAACAACAGCAACAACAACCACAACAGCAACGUUCGCCCAAACAGCGCGGCAAGCCGACAACACUACCACAUGCUUGUGAAGAUCAGGAUCAGGAACAAGCACCAGCUGCACCUUCGAUGCGUCCACCCAAACAAAAACCACCCAAAACCAAACCCAGGCAGGUUGUACCUGUAAUAAAUACACGCCGUCAGCUGCCCGUCAACGAUCCCCAUCAGCGUUCGCCCAGCAAUCUGCGGCUGGAAAAACAUCUUCGGCCGGAGUGUGUGCGUCUCUUGGCCGACAUGGAAAACGGCACCCAAGACAGUCACAAAAUCAAUACGGAUGCAACGAAACCCUCAAUGUUUUGGUCGCGUGAAUCGCUGCAAUAUCUUGACGAUCUAUUUAAACUCACCGACAACGCAGCCACCAUUGAACGUCUGCAGCGUGUCCUGGAGCGCUCUAGGCGCGGCCAGCUUUCUCAUAAUGACUAUCGCGCUGUCAUAAAACUGCACUCGGUCAUGGCGCAUAAUUAAAUAUAAAUACUAAAUAAAUACAUAUAUCAAUAUGCUUGUACAACUAAGCUUUGGUGCCUAUUUUCUAAAAACAAAAACUU